UGGCACUGCCUACCGACAGUGCCGCCCUCCGCGACCGUCUUGUCCCCCCCAACUCCACCGCCGGCACUGGGGACGCCGCCGCGUCGACCCCUUCCGGAGGCCUGCCCAGGGAAAACUCCUGAUCCAGCUCCCAAACAUGUGUUGCACCGAUUUUGGUUUAUGUCGAAACCCAAAGGCACAAGCUGUGAUGUUCCAGAUAUACCAAGCAAGUGGACAACAGAAAAGUUCUUGGGAUCGCGCACCUGGCGGUGUCAUUGGGCAUCGUGCUAGCCACGGACAAGUGUCUGAGCCAGGCGUUCGCCGCCGCGUCCAUCAAGUUCCCUAGCGCCCUCUUUGGCAUGUUCUGCAUCAUCUCCGUGCUCGUCGUCCUUGACGCCGUGGCGCCGGCGCUCGCCAAGGGCUUCAUGGACUUCUUCGAGCCUGCCGCGCUCUUCAUCCAGAAGUGGCUGCCGCUCUUAUAUGUACCCCCCAUCGUCGUCCUCCCACUCGCCGUCAGGGACAUCCCGGCCUUAUCCGGCCUCAAAAUCUGCCUCGUCGCAUUUGCUGGCUGGUUUGCUUCGCUCACGGUAGCGGGAUACACAGCGCUAACCGUGAGGAAGAUCGUCAAGACCGAGCUCAUUGCGGCCGAGCCGAUGGGCAGGCUGUCUCCCUUCGCCACAUUGCAGUUCUGGGCGUGGGGUGCUGUCUUUGUGGCCUCGUUUGCCACGGCGUUUGUUAGUCCCACGGUGCUUGGCACCACGGCGAGGACGUGCCUUCCAUUCAUGCUCGCCUCCACUGUCCUGGGAUACAUGGCUGGUUCUGGGUUGCCAUCUGGUAUCAAGACAGUGUUGCAUCCGAUCAUCUGCUGCGCGCUUUCCGCAAAUUUAUCGGCGGUAGCAUAUGGGUACUUCUCUGGGUCCGGAAUGGACGCUGCUCUAGGUGAUUACCUGACAAAGGUGCCAUCGAAUCCCGGAGCUGGUGACGUCCUGAUGGGUUUUCUUGGGUCUGUCAUCCUAUCGUUUGCAUUCCCAAUGUUCAAGCAGAGAAAGCUUGUGAAGAGGCACGCGGCAGAAAUUUUCACAUCGAUCGCCGUCGCGUCUACAUUCUCUUUAUACUCGACUGCCAUCCUAGGACGCCUGAUUGGGUUAGAGCCGACAUUAACCAUCUCAAUCUUGCCAAGGUGCAUAACUGUUGCGUUAGCAUUGAGCAUAGUAUCUUUCUUUGAAGGUGCCAACACUUCGGUAACCGCUGCGGUGGUUGUUCUCACGGGCCUGAUCGGUGCAAACUUUGUGCAAGCGGCCAUGGAUAAACUUGGCCUCAACGACCCCAUCGCUAGAGGAAUCGGGGCAGCCUCCAGCGCUCAUGGUCUGGGAACAGCAGCGCUGUCGGCUAAGGAGCCUGAGGCGCUCCCUUUCUGCGCCAUCGCCUAUGCGCUCACGGGCAUCUUCGGCUCCCUGAUUUGCUCCUUUGCGGCCGUCAGGCAAAGCCUUGUGUUCAUAGCCAGCUGACAGACAUGUAUACACAACGACAACAACAACCUUCCAUGAGUUUUUAUACAUAUAUAUAAAUGAAUGGGAAGUUCGGUUACUCUGAAA